AGAACUCCAAUGCCCAAAUAUAGAGACCAAGAAAACAUUACUCUUGUCUGAACUUUGUGUGGUGUGUAUGAUAUAACAUGGAGCAAGUGAAAGUCCUCAGCUCAGAGACGAGUCCAUUCGGCAUGCGCGUCUUAAUUGCCUUGGAAGAGAAAAGUGUAAAAUAUGAAUACCAACAAGAGGAUCUGCCCUUCAAUAAGAGCGACCUACUCCUGCAAAUGAAUCCUGUGUACAAGAAAGUACCUGUCCUCAUCCACAAUGGCCAGCCCAUAUGCGAGUCUCUAAUCAUUCUUGAGUACAUUGAUGAGACCUGGGGCUCCGAGAAGAUUUUGCCAUAUAACCGCGCCCUUGCCCGUUUUUGGGCUGACUUCGUUGAUAAGAAGUUUCUUGACUCGGGGAUUCGUAUAGUUAAAUCGGAAGAUGAGGUUCAGGAGCAAGCCAAGCGUGAUUUUCUGGAGAACCUCCAAUAUUUAGAAGGGGCGUUGGAAAAAAUGUCAGCAGGAGGAACCCUGCCUUUCUUUGGGGGAAAGGAUUUUGGGUUCCUUGAUAUCGCCUUCAUUCCCUUCACUUCUUGGUUCCAUGCAUUUGAAACUAUUGGGAAUUUCAAGAUACCGUUUGAGACUGAAUACCCAAUGCUUGAUGCGUGGGUUAAGAGAUGUAUGGAGAGGGAGAGCGUCAAGAAAAAUCUGCUCUCCUCUGAUCGGGUGCUGGAGACGGCCUUAAAAAUCAGGAAGAGAUUUGUGGUAGAUUGAAUUGCAAGUAUUUCUUAAGUUGUUUAAGAGAAACUAGCUUCUGUAAGAGCUUUAAGGUAUAUAAGUUGUCUAGGAAAGUUUCGAUGGCAUCCCUGAAUUUAUUGUUGAACUGUCACAUAAUAUUUACGUCCUUGAAGGAUUUGGGUACUGUAAAUCAUGGUGUUUCUAAAUUAAGUGAAAUUUUGUUAUUGGA